CCCCACUAUAAAUUACUCUGACAUGUUAAAGCAGGUUUUGCAUAUUUCUCUUACUGGCAAGUGUAAUCUCAGAUGCAAAACAGUCAGGAUUUAAGCUGAAUUUUGCUGAUGAACCUGGCAAAACAUCUGGACCAAAUCAACUCUGUUGAAUACUAUCAAGGCCUCUGUACGGUAUCAGGAUAUAUAUACUGUACAUUGGUAUUUUCAUCAGCAUAAGAAGAUUUACCAUUCAUGGGGUUCAUGUAUGAAUUCUACUGAAGGAGGCAUGAUAACAUAAGAACAGGACAGACUAAGCAUAAUGAUUGGGACUCAGGUGCGAAUGGCAGUAUACCGGCAUCUCAUAGGAAAUCAGCUGACUCUGCGUGUUUGCCUACACAGGAAACCUUGCUGGUUGCAUAGUGCUGUAGCGAUGCAUUCGAGGACCAGUACCAGUCCAGCUCCUGCGCUGACAGUCACUCCAGCCCGCGGCCUUGUGGAUGAUCCAAUAAGCAUAAAGGCAGGUUUCAUGCCACCAAACCACCCGGUGACAUUGUGCGCACAAAUGCGCAGUGAGAAUGGUGACCUGUGGGAGGCUUUUGGCCACUAUAACACCAGUGCAGAUGGCACUGUCAACCUUGCUCGGGAUCAUUCUGUGGGUGGCUCGUAUUUGGGAUGUGAGCCAAUGGGUCUCUUCUGGGCCCUGCAGCCAGGUCCUGAUGAAAGGGAUGGUUUAAGAUUGCGAAAGAAGAAUGUCGAGACUCCAUUCAUCGUGGACAUUUCUUUACUGGAAGGUCAUGUGACUCCCAGAGAGCGAGAGAACGCUGAGUUGGCUGUUGCAACCACUGAGCGCUGGUACAUGGCACCAGGUGUUCAAAGAAUAGACAUUCGCCAAAAUGGAGUUGUGGGAACGUUAUUCUUACCACCGGGGCCGGGCAGGUUUCCAGCCGUGCUGGACUUAUGGGGUAUGGGUGGAGGACUUGUGGAGUACCGCUCAUCCCUGACUGCAUCCAGGGGCUUUGCCAGCUUCACCAUCGCCUACAUGGAACACAAGGAUCUGACAGUCCAACUUGAUAUUAACAGUACAGAUGCAUAUAUGAAGAAAGCAAUUGAUAUCCUUCGAGAUCAUCCUCAGAUCUGUGGCGAUCGAAUUGGCAUCAUUGGUCUCUGCUACGGAGUCUACCUGACCCUCCGAAUAGCCACACUCUCUGAUGCAAAUCUAUCCUGUUUGGUUUGUGUAAAUGGCUCAGCCGGAAGCAACGUUGCGCUCACACAAACCUUUUGCAAACCUCAAGCAUCAGAAAGUGACCAAAGACUUUGGCCACGGGAUGAGGCAGGUUAUCUCAGUUUUAAGAAACUGGGUUCACCCAAAAACUUCUCUCCUGGGACCCAAGUGAAGAUAGAGAACCUGGCCUGUCCAUUGCUGUACAUUUUGGGUGAAGAUGACCAAAAUUUUCCAAGUACUGAGAAUGCAAACCUGAUUGAAGAUAUCCUGAAAACAGCUGGUAAAUCCCACCUGUAUACCUGUUUGUCAUAUCCUGGCGCCGGCCACCUGAUCGAACCACCAUACACACCACACUCAAGAAUGUCUGUGUGGAGAAUCAAACCAGAAAAAAUGCUCGCGUUGUGGGGGGGUCAUACUGUAACCCAUGCUGCUGCACAGGAAGAUGCUUGGAAGGAAAUCCUGAAAUUUUUGGACAAGAAUCUGAGGGCGUGAACAUGAGUGUUAUGUAAUAAAUACAAAGUUGCCCUUGCCACAGAUUCACCAAAAAGGAAGGUGAUGUUCAGUCGUGAUGACAAUGAAUGAAUCUCGAAUGAUGUACAGGGGGAAGUGGGGAAAAAUUAACCAGUCAAGAAACAACUGUACUCUUUUAUGUUGUGACUGUUAGUGUCCUAGUAUUUACAAGUUAACUCCUCAGGUCUUUUCACUGGUCGUGUUAUCACAGCUUUAGUUACAAAUGUUGAAUUGUGAAUGAUAUAGAUUUUGAUGAAACCUUUUAACCUUGA